GUCCAACAUAAACGGCGGAUAGCCAUGGAGGAUCCGCCGCUUGCCUCUCUGUCUUUAACACAUGUGCACUAUACCCCUGGCGACCAGAUCUCGUACCUAUGUGCCUGGCUAGCCCUCGUCCCGCAGGGGCUAUGUAUCGUCUACGCGACUCUGAUAUGGUCGAACCGGGAGAUUGAAAUAAUGCUCAUGUUUGCGGGGCAGUUGGCAUGCGAGGCUGUGAAUUGGGUCCUCAAGCGCUACAUCAAAGAAGAGCGACCGCGAGAAAUGCACGGAAAGGGUUAUGGAAUGCCCUCCUCGCAUGCCCAAUUCGUCACCUUCUUCUCCGUCACGCUUGCGUUCUUCCUCCUCUUUCGCCAUGUACCUCACCCGACCGAAACACAUACGCCUUACAGCUUCUUCCAGCGCUUCCUUCUGUCCCUGUGUGCUUUAGCCGGUGCCGGUGCGGUGGCUUGGAGCAGAAUAUAUCUCAAUUACCAUACGCCAAAGCAGGUUCUUGUUGGUUGCGCCGCCGGUGCCGUCUUCGCGGUUGUCUGGUUCGGAUUCACGACUUACCUGAGAAGAUCUGGAUGGGUGGACUGGGCUCUAGAGACAUACUUGGCUCGGCUUUUGCGGGUGAGGGAUUUAGUGGUCCAGGAGGAUCUGGUCGAUUCAGGCUGGGCACGAUGGGAGGAGAGAAGGCGGCGGAAGAACUUAGUCGUACAGGGGAAGAAGAGCAAAUAAAGUGGGCGUCAAUAACCGGAUUCUGCAUACACUUUGAGAAUUGGUUCGGGCAAUCGGUUCCGUCCCAGCUCUAGCCGCCAGUGGAGACGAAAAAUCAUGCAGCUUGUGUCUGAGACAACUACAAGAUCAUAUUAGACUCUGCUACCUGCGAUCACGCAUAUCGAGCUUUGCCUUCCUCUUCCCGGGCCCGACCUUUGUAGCUUUUUAGUUUGUGGAAGUGGUGAUCGAGUUGACCCAAGUCCUUUGUACAACGCCCGACCCCAAAAAAUUCACGAAUUAGAG